AUGAAUAUAUUAUCGUUGUGUAUUUCAUUUUUUAUGUUCAUUCAAUUAUUGAAUAACUCUGGUAUGUUUUCCUGUUCAAGCAAUGUUGACAAAAAUGGUAAUAAUUUCUUAUUGAAAAAUAUGAAAGCAGGAAAGCCAAAAGUGACUUUAAAAAAUGAAUUAAUAAAUAAAAUUAAAAAAAAAGCAAAUCAUAUUCGAAUGCUAUACAAUAUUCUAAAUGAAAAAAAUAUAAGCAAGCCUAUUUACAUAUUUAUAAAUGACCAAAAUGAAAAAAAAAAAAAAUCCCUCAAAGAUUUAUAUUUGCUAGGAAAAUUAGAUUUUCUACAAGGUUUCAACACACCUAUAUCAAAAUAUUAUAUAUCACUAAAAAACAAAACCAUAUCUUAUAGAAUGCUGUUAGGAGACAAAAUAAACAAUGAAAGAAAAUAUAUAAAUAGUUUAAGUCCUGAAGAUAAAGAUAUAUAUGUAAAAGGUAAAAUUGAAGAAUACGAAAACCUAAGAGUUAGCGUUAAUCAAAUGUCCUCGAAUAUAGAAAAAAAGUUCAAAUCAAUAGAAGAAUUAAUGACAUUUUUAAAAAAUUAA